AUGGGACUACGAGAUCGUGUUCGUAAAACAUUCAAGAAGAAGGAUGGAUCCUCGUCAAAUAGCUCGACCCCUUCCACAAGUUCAGACCCCAGCCAUUACACUGGUCGGACAGAUAUCGAAUACUACAAGCCAAAUGAAAUUCCCAAGUCCAAGUACCGAGGCAAGGUCGAUCCAGAACACAAAGAAAAGCUCGAUUCAUACUCCUUCGCGGAUGCUUUCAAUAGUGUCCGACGCAAAUCCUCCCAAGCCCUGUCGGGGAUUAUGAGCCCUGGAGGUACCAAGUCGCAGAGCAGGAGAGCGAGCUAUAUGAGCCACACGUCAAAAGCGUCGAAAGAUGGACGAGCACACGAGCCCGCGAACACUGUGAGCAGAAGAGGCACUGUCUCAGAAAACCGACCUGCAAAUAUUCGGGAGAAUUCGGACGAUGAUACUGACGUGCUGAAUGCUGGAAUCUCAAAACAGACCACUGUUAAGCAAGCACAGCCUGUGGAAAACCCUACAAAUAUACCAGAGGUAAAACUCGAAAGACAGGCGACCGUCCUUGACCAACCAUUUACGACUCAAGAGCUUGAGCAAGCGAUGAAAAGAGCCGCGAUACAGUCUAGUGACGAUAGUACGCUUCGCCACAGUAUGGCCAUUGCGGCACACUGA